AUGAAUUCCGAUAUUAAAAUUUAUCCCUUUGAUAAAGGCACAGGUUUUGCACUACUAUACCAAAGAGAUGCAUCUCUUAAAUUAGAAGAAACAAUUAAAAAUAGCAGAAUUAUUGAUCAUGACCCGACACCCACACUUACUACCAAAUUUCAAAAGCAAUUAUCUAAAUUAAGAAAAGAGGGUAAACUAGACACAACUACAUAUUUUAAAAUGUAUCCGUCAGAUUGUGUACCACCUAGAAUAUAUGGAUUGGUUAAAGCGCACAAACCUGAAAAAGAUUACCCAAUGCGCCCUGUUGUGUCAACAAUCAACACACCGCCAUAUGGAACAUUCGAAUACCUCGUUAAUAUCAUUCAACCAAUAUUAAAUAAAAACAAAAAUAGACUUAUUAAUUCCAAUAGCUUUGUUAAUGAAGCCAGACAAUGGAAAAUAGAUCCCAAUGAGGUUCAAGUUUCAUUUGAUGUAGUCAAUUUAUAUCCGUCCAUACCCAUUGACGAAGCUAUUCUAGUUAUUAUUGAUAUAUUGAAUAAUGAUAUAGAAGACUUAAAGACUCGAACUAAACUAUCUCUUGUAGACAUACACCAAUUAAUAGAACUUUCAUUAAGCAUUUGCUAUUUUCUAUAUGAAAACAAAAUCCGAAUAAUACCUAAUUCAGGUCCCAUAGGUUUGUCUUUAAUGGUUGUUAUGGCGGAAGCGUUUCUACAGAAUAUAGAAAGAAAAGCUCUUAAUAUAGCUACUAUUUGUACAUGUGAACCAAAAGCUUUUGUGAGAUAUAUAGACGACUGUCACGCUCGCUUUAACUCAAUAAAACAACAACAAAUGUUUCUAAAUAUCCUAAACGAACAAAACCCUGCCAUAAAAUACACUGUUGAACUCGAAAACCACCAAAAACAACUUAACUUUCUAGAUGUUAAUAUUACAAACACAAUGCAUGGAGCUUAUGAAUUUGAAAUACAUCGAAAAGAAGCAACAACUAAUAUUCAACUAAAACCUAACUCAAACAUCAAUCCUAAUAUUAUCACUGGCGUAUUCAAAGGCUUUUUAUGUCGUGCAAAGAGAUUAUGCUCUCAAAAAUAUCUCAAAAAAGAAAUUGAUUUUCUAAUAGAAAUGUUUGUUGAAAACGGGUACAACAAGAACAAUCUAAUUAAUAUCGCCAGAAACUUUCUAAAAAACGAAUUAAAAAAUAUCAAUUAUAAACCAACUGACAACCAACCAUUUAUAAAACUACCAUGA